AUGAAGCUGGCGGCGAGUCUGCUCACCGUUUUGAGCCUGGUUCAAGCUCACUACCUGUCACAGGACUGGUCAGCUUUUGGGCAUUCGACCAGCGAUGGACCGCGUUGUGUGCCCAUACCGACAAACUUCACGUUAUGUCACGGAAUGCAGGUAAUUUGUGUAAUAUUGUGGUAAUCAACUAAAAAUGCCGUUAUUUGUCAUUAAAAAUGAACUUUUUACGUUUUGGUAUACGACCGGAGCACCUAUAUAAAAAUUAUUUGUUGAUCUGACAAUUAAAAAAAUUAAAAACUUUAAACUUUUAUAAGUACUGUAAAAUCACCUAAAGUUAUACAUACCUUGCAAAAAAAUUUUUAUGCCUCAGGUUAAUUUCAAAAUUUUUAAUGUUAAUUUGCAUUACAGUACUCGACUAUGCGACUGCCUACCCUAUUAGAACACGAUACUGUAGCCGAAGCUAUUCAACAAAGUGAUGCUUGGAACAGCUUGCUGCGAUUACACUGUCAUCCAGAAACUAAAGUAAGGAACAUUACCACUAAUUUUGAGUUAGGAAGAGUUAAAAGACCUUUAAAAUUUGUUAUAAAAAACAAAAGUAGCAAAGUUUCUAUUUUUUGCGAUUAUCAAAGUUGUGAUAGAGCUCACACUAAGCGGAUCAAGGUAAUAGGGAUAAUAUCUAAAGGGGUUUUUUUAGAAAGUGCCGAAAAUAUUUCUCAUGAGAAUCUAAAAAUCAAGUUUUAGCUGUUCCUAUGUUCCCUUUUCGCUCCAGUAUGCCUGCCAGAAGUGGACAAGAUAAUAUACCCAUGCAAAUCAUUGUGUGAGAAGGUGAAACAAGUAAGUUCAUCUCCAUCCCCACUUAACCUUUGCAGGGAUGCGAGCCGCGCAUGAAACAGUACGGUUUCGAUUGGCCGGACAUGAUGAAGUGCUCCAAAUUCCCUGAGGACAAUGACAUGUGUAUCAAGCCACAGGCACAGGAGGAAGUGAAACACUCACGUACGUUGGCUGCUGUGUUACCUAGUACUACUACCUCUACUACCACUACUAAUACCCCCGUUACCACUGCCGAUUCCAACAAUUUCACUUCAGAAUCGAAGCGAGAAUGCGCAAGCUGCGUCCAGAUUCCCACCUUCGAGAAUUUGUUGGACAACUUUUGUAACUCGAAUACGGGUAAGAUAUCGUAUUGUAAAGUCAAAUCUAAGAAUUUUUCCUUUAUUUUGAUUUAAAGAAAUUCCUAGUUCAAAUAUUUUAUUCUGCCCAAUAUAAUAUCGCCUUUGAAGUGUUCAAAGCCAAGCUCAUUGUUCUAAACGGGACCACCUUCAAAAUUCAUCGUGUUCAGCGGAUAUUCAAGCCUAAAUCAGCAGCGAAACGAGACAAACAUGCUGAACACUUCAAGUUUCUGAAUGCUGGAGACCUUAUUCAGGUCACGGACGACAAGAUCGCUCAAUGUUACUGUCCACAAAAGUCUAAAAAGGGCCCACAAAACUACCUGAUAAUGACGGAUAACAGGAUGAACAACAUUCUGAAAGCAAGGCUACUGCUACCGUGGCAACAAGAUAAAGUAAGAUACGUUAUAAUCUCUCUAUCCUAAUACAUCUUAAAUCCCUAAAACUACCAUGUAUAGCAUAACAACAUAAUAUUGUAUGAUAAAUGUUAAGUUUGUGACUAAUCUCACCGUAUAAUUUAGGUGUUCAAAAACGCUAUAAAAAAGUUCAACAAAGUGGACUGUGACACUUUGGGCAAGGAGAUCCGAGAAAGUGCGAUGAAACGAAGUAGGAACGGCUAUUAA